GGAGGGGGGGGCAGGCUGCGGGUGCUCCGGGAGGAAGCCUGCCAGGGCCCCGUGGGGACGGUGGGCCCUCUCCCCGACCGACCCCCGGCCUCCAGGGUCACACCGCACACCGCAGGUCUGGCUUCCGGGAAGCCGGCGACAGACACUGGGACAGCGGGCGUGGACCCGGUCAGCUCUCCACCCUCCACGCCAUCCUGACCUCAGGCCAGUAAUUUGGGAUGUGAGUCAUGGGAAGAACGCAGGACAAACACACCUCGGGAGGAGGGAAAGGCCACUCCCGCUUCCCCCCGGGGAGGCGAUGUGUGCGGGCCGGGAGGUGCAGUGCCCAGCAGCCGGGCACACAGGACCCACUUCCAGGGACCCACGAGGUGCCAGACCCCAGACCGCAGGGUCCCCGCUGAGGGCCUGGAUCCUGCUCCCGGGUGGCAUUUGGCCAGAUCCGGGGCCCUCUUGCAAGAGACGGUGUCCAGGAAGCUCUCCAGCCUGCACCUUCCCGGAAAGCCACCACAUGGUCACGUGGGCCCAGGAGCGAGCCCUCGCACCCGAUGAUUGCACCACUUCUCAGGCCCUUGGAUUCCUGUUCCCGCAUAACCUGUAACCUCCGCGCGGAGAGGCAGGCGCGCACCGGCCAGCAGCGCGCACAGAGCGUCUCCAGGAGCGCAGCGCGCAGGUUCCGGGGUUUUAAAUCCCAGAAUUCCAUGUGGCUGAUAGGCGAGUGUUCUGACAAGUUAACCAGCUAGAACUUGAUGGUCCGAUAAGGCGUCGGGAUGGAGAACGCGUCUGCCGACGGCGGCGACUACGAUUACGGCCACUACGGCUCCGAGGUCUCGGACUUCCCCGUGGACUGCGCCGAGGGCAUCUGCCAGGCCAUCGGCCCUCUCCGCGUGGCCCCCCUCCUGCUCUACGCCGUGGUCUUCCUGGCCGGGGUGCCGGGCAACGCCAUGGUGGCCUGGGCGAGCCACCAAGAGGCCCGGCACCGGGCCGGGGCCGCCUGGUUCCUCCACCUGGCCGCGGCCGACCUGCUCUGCUGCCUGUCCCUGCCGGUGCUGGCGGUGCCCGCGGCGCUGGGCGGCGCAUGGCCCUACGGGGCCGUGGGCUGCCGGGCGCUGCCCUCGGCCAUCCUGCUGACCAUGUUCACCAGCGUGCUGCUGCUGGCGGCCCUCAGCGCCGACCUCUGCCUCCUGGCCCUGCGGCCGGCCGGCGGGGCGCCCGAUCGCCGGGCCUGCCGGGUGCGCCUGGCCUGCGGGGCGGCCUGGGCCCUGGCCCUGCUGCUGACCCUGCCCUCGGCCGUCUUCCGCCGGCUGCACCGGGAGCACUACCCGGCCCGGCUGGAGUGCGUGGUGGACUACGGCGGCUCUGCGCUGGCCGAGGGCGCCGUGGCCGCCGCCCGGUUCCUGUUCGGCUUCCUAGGGCCGCUGGCCGUGGUGGCGGGCUGCCAGGGCGCCCUCCUGUGCCGCGCCGCCCCCCGCCGCUGGCCGCUGGGCACGGCCGUGGUGGCGGGCUUCUUCCUGUGCUGGGCCCCCUACCACCUGCUGGGGCUGGUGCUGGCCCUGGCCGCCCCGGGCUCCCGGCUGCUGGCCCGGGCCCUGCAGGCCGAGCCGCUGGUGGCGGGCCUGGCCCUGGCCCACAGCUGCCUCAACCCCGCGCUCUUCCUGUACUUCGGGCGGGCCCGGCUCUGCCGCUCGCUGCCGGCCGCCUGCCGCUGGGCCCUGCAGGGGCCCCGGAGCCAGGAGGAGAGCGCCGUCAGCGAGAAAUCCACCAGCCACGACCUGGUCUCCGAGGUGGCGGUGUAGGUCGCAGGGAAAACCGGUGGGUGUCCUGCGAUCCCACGUCACGGAACUGGCCUCAGGCAGAGGGAGGGUCAGAGGUUCAAGGCUAUGGUCAUUUAUCCCUUUAUUCACAAACGUUCCUUU